AUGAUUUUAAAAUGUACGAGUGGCAUUGUUCUUCUGUACGACACUCAGAAUGGUAAUCAAGUUGAAAAUUACGAUUGUGUCUACAAUCGAGAUCCUAGUGGAUCAUUGAUAAAAUACUGCAAACGUUUCAAAACUCCUGAACUACUAUUACGUACAUCAAAUUAUUGCCAUAACGAUGGAAAAUGUUGGAGUUUUCGUGAAAUUUUCUCGCUCGCUAUAACACCGGAUACAGUUUUACAAUGGAGUUCAAGUAUUGAAACAGCAGAUAAUUAUGCUCGUAUCUUUUACGCCAAUGAAAGUGGAAUUUUAAUUGAUGAAAGCGAUAUGAACGAGUUUGCUUGUAAUUGUACCAGAUUGGGAACGUUCGGAAAGUUCUGUGAAUAUCAUUUAAUCAAUGACAUCGAUGAGCCGUUAUUUUCGUCGUCAAUUCGAACACAAUUCGAAAAGAAAAAAGGAAAUGAAGAUUGGCUACAAAUCUUUGGUAUCAUUGUAUGUUAUAAGACGUUGGUUUGUGAUUCCGGUUUGAUGUGUUUGGAUUGGCGAAAUAUUUGUGAUGGAAGACAGAAUUGUCUUGAUGGUAAAGAUGAAGAAGCUUGUGAUCUUUUGGAAUUCAACGAAUGUGAACCAGACGAAUAUAGGUGCGACAAUGGGAUGUGCAUCCCUGAAGAGUACUGGCUCGAUGGAGAAUUCGACUGCAUGGAUCUCAGUGAUGAAAAAAAUUUUACGAGAGGUAUAUAUUGUUCUUCGACAUUUGAUACCUUUCUAUGUGAUGAACGUCUCUGUUAUCCAUGGUUUACACCUUGCGGAGAUGGUGAAUGUGUCAUGUUGUCAUACUUAUUCGAGCAUAGCACCUCAACUGAUUGGAGUUGUAAGAAUAUGCGAGAACGAAAUUAUUAUUGUGAAAUUACUACUGUUAAACAAUUGUGGACAACGUCGAACGGAAUGUGCUAUCCAUUUCCAAAUCAUAAUGAUCCGAACGAUAUGAAUAGUUCGACUUUAACUCAGUCGGAAAAAUGUAUCUAUCUGGUUAAGUGUGCUUUGUCACGUGGCUUUGAACGCGAUUGUCCAUGUAAUCAAAACAAUUGUUCGAUAUUGAUGAAAGAAAUUUGCGAACAAGAUUAUGUUAUCUAUCCUGAUGGUGCUUUGUAUGCACCCCAUCUUUUUCAUCAAUAUCGAAUCGAUCGUGAUUGGCACGCAAUUGUACCGGACUUGGCUAGAAUGAAUGGAUGUAUCCAGUGCCGUGGCUAUCGUGUGUGUCAUUCGAUGUUGGACAAUAUCAAAUUUUUCCAUCAAUUAUUUCGUGCAGCUGAUGUGAUCGCUUGCAAAUAUGUCGAAUAUGCGGACAAUACAUCGAGACUACAAAAGGACAAAUAUUGUUGGAAUAAUUCGCAAACAUUCAAUGGUUAUCCUUAUAAAAUAGCUGAUGUUUGUUCUAUAUCGAAAGAAUGUAUUUCCAAAUAUCGACUUUUGGAUCAAGCUGCAAACUAUGGUUCAGAUGAACAAGCCAUUUUUCUUUUGAUCGAUCAUAUGUCUGAGCACAAUCGUCAACUAGGAAGUAAUUUGUCAACGAAAGUCGAACAAUGUCAUCAGAUGUACGAUCAUAAACAACCAUUCGAUAAAUUUUGUGAUUUUCAAUAUGAAUUUCCUUGCCUUUUAAACAAUGUAACUGAUCCAACAGAUAUAUUUACGAAUCGGCCAUGUAUUAAUCUAACUCAGAUUGGUGAUGGCAUUGCCAAUUGUUAUGGUGCACUUGAUGAAUCGAAUACAUUCGAAGACUGUCAGGGAAAUAUGAAAGGGUAUAGUUUUCGUUGUAAUAGUGCAUUGGCAUUAUCUUUACCCCUGGAAAGUAAAAGCAGGACAUGGUAUUUCGAAUCUAUUGACACUCAAGAAGGACAUUUUGGAAAACUUAAUUAUACCAUUUGA